CCGUCAUCAAACAAAUUCAGUUUUGAGAUUUUGGCGACGCUACCGCAAAACCGCAGCCAUCGCCUGAGGAAAUCGAGUACAUAGAUCUUCCUUGUAGCCCUAAUCGAUUCGAUGAGGAACGAUACGAUACACGAGUUGUUUACUAGGAGAUGACGGCAGCUGAGAUUCUAAGCGGAGGCGGUAUUGAGUCUUUCUAGGGAUUUGAUGGGACGUGUUCCUGUUGAUCGUCAAUCAGGCCUCCAACAGAAAUCUCCAUCUGCUGAGCUUCCAUUGACGGAAGCUUCUCCUUCCUCCACCAGUCCACACAUCAGCUUUGAAUCAUCGCCGGCCACCAGAAGUUCAACCACUCCAUGCAGCGACCAGAGCAACAAAAAAAAUCGAGCUGUCCUCCUUCCGCUAUCUCUAGGUGUGGCACAAAGAAAACCUCCUAGAAUUAAUUGGAAACAAGAAAAUAUUGAGAAAACAUUUCUAGAAGCUUGCUUACAUGAAAUCACCAAGAAGAAGAAUGGCAAAUGGAGAUUAAGUCGAACAAAUAUGUGCAAACAUUGAGAACAGCGCCACUACUUUUUCCCGAUCUUUGCAUCCAAUUGUUUGAGGGAGUAACAUCCAAUGGAUUUGAUGGUUGUGGGCCCUCUUCUCAGCUUCCCCAUGAUAUGGAUUCACCUCAAUCGCAACAACCCUCGACUCCAAGAGUUUUGACUCAUGCUCAACAACCCCCGACUCCAAGUGAUGAGUCGUCUUGUCGUUCGAAAAAACGAAAAAGCAAAGAUUCGCUUGAAUUAAAAAUCUUAGAAAUUGGGGAAGAAAUUUGUAAGGUUGCAAGGUUGUUGAUGAAAAACCAUACUAUAGAUGAUGAUGUAGAUGCUUGUAUUGAGAAAUUGGAGAAAUUUGAAUGGGGAACAGAAGAUCCAAGAUAUAACACCGCUCUUAUGCUUUUUGGAGAAAGUGAGGGUCUUAGGAAGGUUUGGUUGCGUAUUAAACCGACUUCUUGUGAGAAUUGGAUUAGGAACGCUGGACGUAAGUAUGGUUUGUUGUGAGACUUGGUAUGAACAGUAGGAAAGUUUAUCACCUUAUGUUAUUGAUGUUUGUGUUGUGGGAAUUUAUGGAUUUUUAUGUUUCGGAUGCUAUGUUACAGAUUUCAUGUUAUGGAAUGUUAGGUUAUUUAAUUUAUUCUAUGUUG